AAUAAAGAAACACAUAAAAUGCAGAAAAAUCACACGCCUUCUUUGCUUCUCUAACUCUUCUCUUCUGCCAACAGCCUGAAAAUUUACGAAUGGCGAUCCAGAAAACCCAUCAGAAGGUGAAAUUAUCGAAGCCCAGAUCUCCAAUCUUCGUUCUCACAGCUUCCGUUGCAUGCAUUGCUGUGUUGUACCUUGUCUCGUCUCUACUUUUAACUCCAAGGAGCAUGCGGAGCUUGGGAACUGACCCCAAGAAUCGUCACAGUUUGCACGAGAAGUACUUGUAUUGGGGAAAUCGAAUUGACUGUCCUGGAAAGCACUGCGAUUCUUGUGAGGGUUUGGGCCACCAAGAGUCCAGCCUUAGGUGUGCCCUUGAAGAAGCGUUGUUUCUGGGGAGGACUUUUGUGAUGCCUUCUAGGAUGUGCAUAAAUCCCAUACACAAUAAGAAAGGGAUCCUUCAUCAGUCCAGCGAUACGGUUUCAGAGGAAAGGUGGGCAGCUAGCUCCUGUGCUAUGGAUUCUUUGUAUGAUCUGGAUCUCAUAUCUGACACAGUACCUGUGAUUUUGGAUAAUUCAAAAAUGUGGCAUCACGUUCUCACCACAAGCAUGAAAUUGGGAUCCAGAGGGAUAGCGCAUGUGCAAGGAGUUAGUCGAGCCGAUCUCAAAGAAAAAAGUUUGUAUUCAAAUCUUUUGCUCAUUAAUCGAACUGCAAGUCCUCUAUCAUGGUUCAUGGAGUGCAAGGAUCGCAACAACCGCAGUUCUAUCAUGUUGCCAUAUUCAUUUCUUCCUUCAAUGGCUUCAAAGAAGCUACGAGAUGCUGCGGAAAAGAUUAUGGCACUUCUUGGAGAUUAUGAUGCGAUCCAUGUCCGCCGAGGUGAUAAACUGAAAAAUAGGAAGGACAGAUUUGGCGUUGAACGGAGCUUACAUCCUCAUCUUGACAGAGAUACACGUCCAGAGUUUAUCCUUUGUAGAAUUGCCAAAUGGGUUCCUGCUGGACGAACCCUUUUUAUUGCAUCCAACGAACGAACUCCUGGCUUCUUUUCACCUUUGGCUGUAAGGUACAAAUUGGCAUACGCAUCAAAUUAUAGCAGUCUUUUGGAUCCAUUAGUCGAGAAUAACUACCAAUUAUUCAUGGUGGAACGGCUCAUCUUGAUGGGGGCCAAAACGUUUAUCAGAACAUUCAAAGAAGACGAUAAAGAUCUCAGCCUUACAGAUGACCCCAAAAAGAACACCAAGAUAUGGCAUAUCCCUGUGUAUACCAAGGAUGGAGAGGACUGUUAACCGUUGAUAACAUACAUGUUUGAAUGGCCGACACUUUCUUUGCUCAAACUCUUGGUGUAGAUAGAUUUUUUCACACAUUAGAACAGUUUUUACUCUUCGUUACAUCUGAAAUCCCGGCUUGUUAUCACAAGCUGCAAAUGAAGAGUCGCCAACUACUUCAAGACUGCUGUAGAUGUGAAGGAACAUAUGAACCGAAAAUUGUAUUUAGUUGUAUCGUAAACUGGAAAUUGUUGCUUGAGUGAAAUUUUUUCAUUA